GAACCAAACCCAUUAUGGAAUGUUUGUUGCUUACAACCUUUGAGCCGCUGUUUUCCUGCCGACUUGACUUGUCAUUUGACUGAUUGUGACUGCCGUCCGUAUACAAGAAAUCCAUCAAAUGGUUCACUUUGUGAACCUGCAAGAAAACACCUUCUCCCUGCUUAAAGUACAGUUUUACGGGGAGGUAGCUCCACAUCAGUGGAGCUUGACUGUGCUAAGGAAGGGUGUGGGGUGCAGGAGGCUACAUGAUGUUGAUGUGUCCAAACAUGACCCAGUUGUCAUGGUGAUUGGUUGUCCAGGAUACUGUCUCAAAAUUACUAAUGAUUAUCUGUCAAUGCUGUUUCGAUUAGUUAGUCAUUCCUGUAUAUUUGGUUUUUUGUCUUUUCGUAUUCUUUAGAUGAACCAUUUGGUGAUCCCAGGUUCAUUGCUAAUAUCCUACCCUGGAUCUGUGAAAUUGAUACAACGAGGUUUCGACAUGCUGUGCAGGGCAAAUGCGUGUUCAUAAGUAUAACGGAAAUUGAGACAUUGCUGCGUCUGGAGAAGUACGAAGGAAAGGAAAAGCAUAAUUCUCACAUCAUCAGUCUUAUUCGUCCUGGAGGCACAGCUGCUUAUAAACUACUCUGCAAUGCAAUCCAUGACUUGGGUCCACUGUACAAUGAAAAGUACCAAGAAAUGCUUCUCCUGUUGCCCGUUGACCAGCGACCAACGGCCAAGACAUCCUCUUCCGAGACAGUUCAUGUUGCUACUACGCCUGCAGCCAGCAACACAGCUAACGAUGGCACAGUGACACGUAAUACACUGGCAAUGAAUGAUGCUGGAGCAGACAAUGGUGGGCACAUUCAACGUCUUAAACAACAUCUGCACAGAGUGAAUACACAUCUGUGCAAGACGACCGCUGAUCAUUCAGAUCUAACUUGCUUGUCCGGCGAUGUCAAGGAUUGCUUCGUGCCCAUGCAGGCUCUGACGGAGAAAGAUGCUCUGCAGCUGACGUAUCGUGCGCAACAAGCUGCAACUCGCCGUGUCACUGGAAGACAGCCAAUAUCUGACCGUACACCAGGCGUUGCUAUCCCAGGAGCUAAACAAGAUAAGAGUGACAAAGUGGAAGGAGGAAGGCAGUUUGUUCUGUCCAGCGCUAAGCAGCUCUUGUCUGAUCCCCAUUAUUAUGAAGGUGUAACUAGCGCUGGCAAAAGUGGUGCUGGUGUUGGUGGUGGUGAUGACACAGUUGACGAAGACAUUCUGGAAAGUUGCAUCGUAAUUGGGAACGCUGGGCAGGGAAAGACAACACUGAGCAAACGAGUCAUUGCCGACAUCAUGGAGACAACGACUGGAAAUCUGGCAAAGAUUGAAUUCAUUUUCUACGUGCCAUGCCGUGAUUUGACACGUACACAGUCGACUGAUUGGUUUGUAUUUCUUGGUUUGGACAAGUUGGGCAUCAGUAAACCGGAGCAAUCUACCUUGCUAAGGUACCUUACAGAGCAUUCUGACCAGGUAUUGAUCGUUAUUGAUGGCAUCGACGAACUUGGCAGUGGUGGGUUUGGCAAAGGAUCAGCAGCCGAAGCUGUAAUAUUGAGGAGCAGCAGCAGUAACCAUUCACUACUACCUGAUGCUAUUGUAGUCGCAACUAGCCGACCGUGUGAUGAAGCGUAUCACCAUAUCCAGAAUUUCCGCUUACGUUUCCGACUUCUCGGCUUCUCGACAGACCAGCUCUUUGCGUACUGCUCACGACAGCUCGGAGAGGAGGUUGCCAAGAAGUGUAUGGAAGAGCUUUCCCAACGGAACAACUGUCUACUGAAGGAAGCCAUUCGACAAUCUCCACUCCUAUGUGCUCUGCUCGUUCAGCAAUAUCCCAUCAACAACUCUCUACCCUCCAGUGUGACACUUUUCUACGACCACUACUUACGCUCCUCAGUCGCAAAGCUGGAAAAGCGGCGAGGAAGGAAGUUUGGUCAAGUACGGCUUGCACAUGACGUCAUCAGUCACUGCAGUGGUGGCGGGCACUUCAGUUGUGGUGAUCUUGUCAGUAUCCCCGUGGUAAUAGAACAUCAUUUGGAGCGCUAUGUGAAGGAGACAAGCAACAAUGAUGAGGAGUGUGAUCACCAUGCUGUGGAGCUAGUCAAGGCAUUGCACAAUCUCUACACGAUGUGUCUUGCAACAUAUCAAAGGGGCAUGGCUACGUUUACAUCCACGCUGUCAACCCUCCACCAGUCCAUUUGUCAAGAUCUCGGCUUACUGCUCAACCCUGGUAUGCAUCCGUCGUUCGUCGGUUCCACUCAGACUGUGUCCUUGACUCACUUGACACUGCAAGAGUGGUGUGCAUCGAGAUGCAUCAUUUCUUCUGACUCGUGCGUAGACAUCAUCCGCAGCUGCAUCAACACUGUCGGCACAGACUUGAACACACUUGUCUUCUGGCAGUUUGUCUUUGGAGCACUAAAGCCAGACAUUCUAUUUGCAUCAUUGUUGGCUCUACAGUCUGAAAACAGCAUCAGUGAUCAUACUGUCAAGAGCAAGAAGAAGAUGCUUCUGUUCAUGAUGAGAUGUUUGAUGGAAAACCGCAUUUCACUCCAACAUAACCGCACUCAGGGAAAUCCCAAUCAGGACACUGACAUAGUCACACAUAGCUGCUAUGCUAUGUCAGCCAACCUCCUGGCCAGUGAUGGAAUUGAUGUUAGUGGAAUCCACCUUGAAGUUGUUGAUGUGAUGGCCUUACAUACUGUUUUGGAGCUUGUAGACCAUGUAAAGUCUCUGGAUCUCGACGGUUGUAAUCUGUCAAGUGACAGUGUCAUUUUGCUGUCUGAUCAACUGGAUAAAUGCGUCAAGGUGACUUUGUUUGGUGCCGAUCUCACUGCAGCACCAUUGGCAAGCAUAUCAAGCACACUGUCUAGAUCAACACGGCGUACCCUCCAGGUUCUUGACAUUAGCAGCACAAGGUUGACCAGUGGAUCUGCAGAUGGAGCAGCACUUGCUGGAUGUGUAAAACACCCAAGUCUAACGUACCUGAAUGCAAGGACUACAGUACUUGGCAAUGAUGGUUUGGCAGCAUUUGUGAGCAACUUGGCUCCGUGUGAUCAUCUCACAGAUCUAUCACUGGCAUGGUGCAGACUGGAUAGUGGAUGUGGAUCUGACCUGGCAACACUGGUCACAAAGUUACCACGCCUUGCCAGACUAUGGCUGCAUGACAACUCACUCUCCAACAGUGACGUGUCAUGUGUACUAUCCAGUCUCCAUUCUCAUGAUACCAUACAGCAUCUCUUGUUUGCCAACAACAGACUGACUGAUGAGCUAGCCGCUAGUGUGGUUGACUUUCUGCAAGCGCGUCGCAGUCGUGAGCACACUGGGAGUGUCAGCACAACACUACCACCAUGCAGGGUUUAUCUGAACGGCACUGGUGUAACAAUCCGUCUUCUACAGGAAGUGGCUACGUCUAAUCAAUGUGGUGGUGACGUAAUCGACAUUGGCAGCCGCUAUGCUACUGGUACUUCAGUAGAGACUCAGUCAAUUGAUCAUCUGGUCAGUCUAUGCGGUGGCGGUCGCCUACCUGGUAAGGUUGAUGACUCCAUGAUGUCAUCACUUGGUCAGUACCUUGCAACCAACACUCACCUAGACCUACUGGACAUAGCAGAGAGUAAUAUCACCGAUGCUGGAGCAACUGCUCUGGCAACAUCUGGCCUUGCUCACAACACAGUGCUGAAAUACCUUCGUCUGACCAGGAAUAGGAUACAGCUAUCUGGUGUUGCGAGUGUACUACAAGCAGUGACAUCACCACAGUCACAUGUCAGUGCAUUGUCUCUGUUUUACAACCCAGUGUUUCAUGAUAUACAGCCCAGUCAUGCUGAUUUCAAACUGCUAUGCCAGCUUCUUUCUGGAUUCCACCGGCUGCGCUUCAUUUCAUUUGCCAAGACGGGCAUGAGUGAUGAAGUUGGUGCAAGUAUCCUACACUCUCUCCAUCACCAUGCGCGUAUUGAAUGGAUGGAUAUGGCAAACAAUGAGAUUGAUGAUGCCACAGUGCAUGCCCUGGUGGAUAUGAUGAGGAAGAACACAAGCUUGAGAUUGAUCGGCCUCGAGUGGUGCAAGAUCACCGAUGAUAGCAUUCAAGCCAUGCUGCAGUCACCAGGCAUCAUGGGAAUGGAGGGUGUACACUUGUACGGGAACCCAUGCUCUAUGGACAAGCUUCGACCUCCAUUGUACAAUUCCGUGCUACGUUAUGGCAACUCUACUGUCCUGGAGUUCAUCUCGGAUUGAUUACAGGAAGACGUUGCACAACAUCAGCAUAUUCCCAGGUAUGUGUUGUACAGUAGUAGAUGUACAGUGUUGAUCAGUGUAUGAAAUACGGGUACACCUGUUUGUUGAUGAAUAAUGAUGAUCAGACAGACACUACACUAGUCACCCUAGCCAGACUCUCAAUCUACAGAUGUGUGUACUUGACCAGUACCAUAAAGUCUGCAGCAAACUUUCCGGUCCACCUCAGCUGGUCUGUAUCAGGGAGCAGUAAAGCGCGAUGCACAAUAUCAAUUCUGCGAUGCGAUGAGCGUCGAGCGAAAGUCUUUUUUCGAAUCGCACGAAGAGUCUUCGAUGCACAAUGCACGGCACAUCGUUGCAGGGCAUGCACAGUCCAAAACUGUACGCGAGCUGUCAUGUGCGCCCGCCGUGUAGAAAGUGAUGCGCAUCGCUCGUCGCUUGUCGCAGAAGUUGAACUAGGCUCAACUUUCCGCGAUGAGACCUGCGACGGAGGUUCGAUUCAAAAUUUUGCAGAAAAACAUUUCGAUCGCAUUGCUCGUCGCUCAUCGCGUCGCAUAAGUGAUAUUGUGCAUCGCGCUUUAGCCAGUUAGUUGUAGAAUGCCAGUAGCGUCGGUCAGUGUCGUGCAAUGUUAUCGCAUGAGCUGAUUGUUCAGUAACAUGUAGGCUUUGCACAGCAAAGUCUAGUUAGCCCUGGCACAUGCGCAAUAUUGGCAUAUUGCUGUGAGUGUGUGUCACGUGACUAUCCCUGCACGAUUUACAAGCUGGCAAAAUUGUACAGACAUCCUGUUAGUGUUAUGGUGUCAUAUCGGAAGACGUGUCUUCUUCAAGCUCUUGAAUUGUCGGGAUGUGAAGGAGCGUUCCUUUGCAGUUGAUUUCUUCAUGUGUCAAAAUGCAGUUUUAGCUUUUAACCCAGGCCCACGGGUACACACGCAAGUCAGGUCACACGCACACACACACACACACGCACGCACGCACGCACGCACACACACACACACACACACACACAUUCAUGUACAUACACAUAAUAGCAGACACUCCGUCUGUGCGUACAACGGUGUACUCGCGCACACACUCACAAGCAAUCAACACAUAGGUUUGGGGGUUGCCAUGACUUCAUUUUGAUUAAAUGUAUUAAAUAUAAUAGUAUGUGAUGAUAGACCAGUUCCAAGACAGCGACGAUAAUAUUUGCGUCAUAUCAUCACAUUCGGUCGUCAGUAAUUCGCACCGCCCACCGGCGGCAGACGCACGAAUGGCCCACCAUCAUAUUGUAUGUGUGUGGUGUGACGCCUCAUGCCAGGCAGUUGUGUGAGUUCUUGGCCACCGAGGGCUAGCCUGCAGCUGCCCACCGUGGGCCAUUGACAUGAGCGGCUGGGGAGGUCAACAGCCAAGCCACUGAGGGCUAAGUAAUCCUGCCUGCUGUGGACCGUUAGCAUACUGCCCACCGAGGGCGCACAAAUGGCAGACAUGGCCAGAAACAUGCCCGCUGCGGGCGUAUGAACGGCUGCCCAGGCCUACAGCUUACCCAUCCAGGGUUAAAGCAUACUGCCCAACUGAGGGCGCGAGAGAAGAGUAUAGCCCGACUGAGGGCGCAUGAUUAUAGCCCGAUCGAGAGCGCAUGAUUAUAGCCCGACCGAGAGUGCAUGAUUAUAGCCCGACCGAGAGCGCAUGAUUAUAGCCCGACCGAGAGCACAUGAUUAUAGCCCGACCGAGAGCGCAUGAUUAUAGCCCGACCGAGAGCGCAUGAUUAUAGCCCGAUCGAGAGCGCAUGAUUAUAGCCCGACCGAGAGCGCAUGAUUAUAGCCCGACCGAGAGCGCAUGAUUAAAGCCCGACCGAGGGCGCAUGAUUAUAGCCCGACCGAGAGCGCAUGAUUAUAGCCCAACCGAGGGCGCAUGAUUAUAGCCCGACCGAGAGCGCAUUAUAGCCCGACCGAGGGCGCAUGAUUAUAGCCCGACCGAAGGCGCAUGAUCAUAGCACCACCGAGGGCGCUUGAUUAUAGCCCAACCGAGGGCGCACGAACGGCCGCCGAGGCCUGAAACCUGCCUACUGAAUGCUAAAGCAUACCACCCAACCGAGGGUGCACAACGGCCGUCAAGGUCAAUAGCCUGUCCCCGAGGGCUACAGCAAACUUCCCGCCAAGGGAUAAAGCCUAGUACCCACCGAGGGCCAAAGAAUGCUGCCCACCGUGGGCCGAUUAUAUACUGCCCACCGAGGGCUCAAUCAUACUGCCUAUUGAGCAAACGAACAGCCAUCGAGGCCGACAACCUGCCCACCAAGGGCAAAAGCAUACUGCCCGCUAGGGCCGACCUCAUACUGCCCAGCGAGGGCAAACAAACGACCACCGACGCCAAGAACUCACACAACUGCCUGGCAUGAGGCGUCACACCACACACAU